ACGUCACAGGGAAUUUCCAACAGGGAAGGAAAUCAAGUCAUUUCUUUCUGAGACGAGCUGGUUUUCACCUGGAACACGGUUCCACCUGACUCUGGAUUAAACGGUUCUCCUCGCCACGAACCGUCAGGAUGUUCWGAACCGAACCGAGGCUGUAAAUGGGUCGGCUGGUUCGGCGUGAUGGCGAGCAGCUAAACUGAAGCGACGAAGCGGAACGAGUCACUUCAUGCUCUGACCAACUGACUUUUACCUGUCUGAGCGAGCUAACCAGACACGAUGGCCGGAGACGACCACUACAUCCAUCCCUCCACCCAGAUGUUUGACAACAUAAUGAUGGAUCCUUCCUGGGAGUUUCAACAUUUUACUGCGAUGCCUCCAGCGUCUCUGCGAACAGUUUCAGUGGACGGACCCUUCCUGCAGAUCCUGGAGCAGCCCAAACAGCGAGGCUUCAGGUUCAGGUACGGCUGUGAGGGUCCGUCUCACGGGGGUCUGCCGGGUGCUUCCAGCGAGAAGAACAGGAAGACCUACCCCACCGUGAAGAUCUCUAACUACCAGGGUCAGGCCCGGGUAGUGGUCCAGCUGGUGACGGCUCUGACCCAGGUCCCUCAGCUCCACGCUCACAGUCUGGUGGGGAAACAGUGUGAUAAAGGUAUCUGCAUCGCCGACCUGCAGUCCAAAGACUCCAGCAUCAGUUUUCCCAACCUGGGGAUUCUCCACGUGACGAAGAAGAACGUGGCGAAGACUCUGGAGGAGAGGAUGAUGGAGGCCCUCAGGAUGGGCUACAACAGCGGCAUCGCCAUCCACCCAGAGAUCGACGCCCUGCAGGGGGAGGUCCGGGUCCCACGAGAAGUCACGGACCACCAGCGCAGCAUCAUCAGCAUCGCAGCAGCCAAUCAGGCCAAAGACAUGGACCUGAGCGUGGUCCGGCUCAUGUUCACCGCCUUCCUCCCCGACAGUGACGGAGGAUUCUCAAGAAGACUGGAGCCCGUGGUCUCUGAGCCCAUCUACGACAGCAAGGCUCCGAACGCCUCCAACCUGAAGAUUGUGAGGAUGGAUCGGACCGCCGGCUGCGUGACGGGAGGAGAGGAGGUCUACCUGCUCUGUGACAAAGUCCAGAAAGAUGAUAUCCAGGUGCGGUUUUACGAGGAGGACGACACGGGGUUGACCUGGGAAGCUCUGGGAGAUUUCUCCCCCACAGACGUCCACAGACAGUUCGCCAUUGUCUUCAAGACUCCCAAGUAYCGAGACCAGAAGCUGCAGAAGCCGACCUCUGUGUUCGUUCAGCUGAAGAGGAAGUCUGACAACGAGACCAGCGAGCCCAAACCCUUCACCUACCACCCUCAGAUCAUAGGUGAGACAGGUGGCUCCACCCUCAGAUCAUAGGUGAGACAGGUGGCUCCACCCUCAGAUCAUAGGUGAGACAGGUGUCUCCGCCCUCAGAUCAUAGGUGAGACAGGUGUCUCCGCCCUCAGAUCAUAGGUGAGACAGGU